GGAAUAGGAACUAAAUCUUGGAGGGCAGACCGAGAGCUAUACCCUGCAUCCACGAAAUAAGCCAAGAACAUUGAACAGAGUUGAGCGUGGUCCCUUGCUAUUCAUCGGUGUCCUGCCGGGAAGACUGUUGAUAUCGCUGAUUAAUCACUUCUUCUCCGACUUCACACCCACAACGCACGCCUGUAUCGGAGAUCACGGUGACGACGAUGAUGAUGGGGACGAUGAUGUCGUUGACGAAGAAAUAUCGGUCUGUAUACCUCGUGGUUGGUCUCCUGAUUGCGGCUGCCAUUCCAGGUCAAUCGACAAUUUGCAGCGAUAGUGAAUUCAUGGAACGCCACGAGAUAAAUGGAUGGUAUAACAAUAGAGCAGAUCCAAAGAUUGGAUCAUAUGAAACUCGGCUUCUUCGUCGUCUACCAGUCGGAUACCCGGAUGGAUCAUACUCACCGGCCGGUCCUAACAGACCAAAUCCCCUCACAAUCAGUAACUUACUCAUGAAAGGGAAUUCGGGUAUCCGAUCUCAGAGUUCCAAAACAGCUCUUCUUGCAUUUUUUGCACAACAUGUGAUGCAUGAGAUCGUGGAUGGGUCGACGACCGGAUGUCCUGUUGAAUGGAUGAACAUGGACAUCCCUGAGGAACUCCGAUCUAUGUAUGAUGGGGCAAAGAUAAUGCCUUACAGGAGAGGCCUCUAUGACCCGGACACUGGGCAGUCAUCGGCGAUACCUCGAGAACAGAUGAAUAUUUUAACCCCGUGGAUUGACGGGACUGGUAUAUACGGUCCAAACAGAGUUUGGGAAUCCGAAAUGAGAGCAUACGAGAACGGAAGGCUGAAGGGAGAGUUGAGAAAGCAAGAAGGAAAAGAAGAUGAAGAAUUCCCGGCUCGAAACUAUGCCGGAUUUCCUCUAACAAACCACGCCCCUGCCAAGGAUCACAAAGUUUACGACGCAGAAAGGCUUUUCCUUGUUGGUAAUCCCCAUAGCAACGAGAACCCAGCACUCUUGUCAAUCAGCGUCUUAUUCUGGCGCUGGCAUAACGUAUGGGCUGACCGAGUCGCAGACGAGUGCACAAAUCACACGAGGGAUGACGUAAUAUACGACAUUGCUAAGAAAUGGGUAACAGCCACGUACCAGAAAAUCGUGUUUUAUGAUUUUCUACCUGCCUUUUUGGGCAUGGAUCCAAGUGAGAUGGACGAAUAUAAUUACAAAGGUUACAAACCGUAUCUGAACCCUGGUGUAUCGAACGAGUUUGAGGCCACAGCCAUGAGGUAUCUCCAAACUCUGAUACCGCCUGGGAUCGCACUCAGGAAGAACAAUAAUGGUUCGUGUGAAGUUGAGGUGACGGAGGAUGGCUACCCUGGGCUUCGAUUAUGCAAUACAUUCUGGGAUGGAAACUCUUUUCUUCUGAAGUAUGGAUUGGACGACAUCAUUCUCGGACUCGCAUCCCAGUGGGCCGAAGAAGAUGAUAAUAUCGUGGUUGAAGAUCUUCAAGGCUAUUUCUAUGGGCCAAUUUACGGUUUCACUCGUAGUGACCAAGUGGCCAACACAAUACAACAUGGGCGGGACCAUGGACUACCGGAUUACAACACGGCAAGAAGGGCACUAGGACUACAGCCCCUAAAUAUUACACAACUUAGGGAUAGGUGUGAAAGCCAAAACUGUAAAAUCUCUGAUGAGGUAUUCGAUAACUUGACGGUCUUGUACGAUGGACGUGAUGAUGAUAUCGAUAUGUUUAUCGGUGGAAUGCUGGAAACCACUAGCGACGGUCCAGGAGAACUCUUCAAGCAUCUGAUCCUAGAUCAAUUCCUUCGAAUCCGGGAUGCGGAUAGAUUCUGGUUUGAAAAUAAAGACAAUGGAUUAUUUACUGAGGAUGAGAUUGAAUAUAUUCGAUCUGUUACCCUAUGGGAUGUUAUCAUCAAUACAACAGAUAUACCGGAUACAAUGUUACAGAGAGAUCCUUUCAAAUUAACUGCAAACGAUUCUUGUUUUUCGAAUGUCGAGAACGCAUCGUUGAAAGAUAAAGAUUUAGAACCCUGUGUGCCGCUCAUCAUAUACGACUAUUUCACCGGGAGCAAGAUAUCCUACGCCCUGACCUUCGCGUUGCUCUUUCUGUUCAUCGUUGGAUGUGUUUUGGCUCUGUACAUCAUCGCAACAGUGCGCACGCGCAGGAUAGAAGAAACCAAAAGAGCUAUUCAUAAAUCUGCAAGAAAACAACAUCCACAGGACACACAAUCGUACCUCGCGAAUGAAUGGUCUGGAUUUGAUGAACCUGGGAAGGAGAUAGAGGUAUGUCUUGGUCCCAAUGAAUGUAUUCGAGUGAUGGGUCAACGAGGAUCAAAACUUCAUAGAAGCAUUGAUGUAGGUCACCCUCAGAGAAUUACCAUCUUCAUGAGCUCAGAUUCAAAGCAGCGAUACAUCCUGGUCAAGCUAGAGAAAGAGUACGACCUCGUUCUCAAGUUCCACCACGUCGACGAUCGUCUUGAGUUCGUAAGCGAUCUCCAAAGCUUCAUCGGAAGACAGCAGAAAGGAGUCGUGAUCGAACGUCGUGAACUCCGGGAGUACGACCUUCUUCGGAUGGCCGUUACUAAGCAACAACGACAGGCAGUUCUCGAGAAGUUCAUUCGACUUGCUCUCAAUUAUGAAGGUGAUAGUCCCGAGGAAUUGAUGGAAAGCAUCACCCAGUUGGAUGAUGGUCAAGCAGUCAUGGAAUGUGAACUCAGCAAGUACGAGUUCGGUGAACUCCUUACGCUCAAGCCCGACUCCCAGUUCGUUCAACUCAUGUUCGAGCUCGUCGACAAGGAUGGGAGCGGAUCAAUCUCCUUCAGAGAGUUCCUAGAUGUCACCGUCAUCUUUGCCAAGGGUAAACCAGAGGACAAGAUCAAGCUGAUGUUCGAUAUGUAUGACGUAGAUAAUUCAGGAGCAUUGUCACGUGAUGAAUUCAAAAUCAUGCUCAGGUCGAUGUUGGAGACGAACAGCGCUACGUUGGAACAGGAAAAGAUGGAUGACGCCAUCGCAUCAAUGUUUAAGGAUGCUGGAUUCGAAGAGAAGGAAGAAUUGACCUUGGAUGAUUUUAACAUCUUAAUGGGAGACAACAAAGAGAGCUUCAGCAAGUCUACCAUUGGACUAGGAAAGAGCGCUCCUGGAGUCGGAAAGAACAAAAAUUCAGGGAGCAAGAAAUCUCGAGAUGGAAGCAAAAAGAGCAAAGACGGAAACCGAGACAGCAAGACAGAAAAACGCAACAUUAGGAGUGCUUUGUCAGGAUACGUCGGCCGUCGGUCGGGAAAGAAGAAGAAGCCCUCGGAUGUGAAAAUUCGAACGGUAGAAAAGAAUUACCAAGACAACAAAAUUGUCCGCUUCUAUAACGUUGUCACAAGCUACAUUGAAAACAACAAGUUGGAAAUCUUCUGGUUAUGUCUCUAUAUGUUGAUCAUGAGUGGUAUCUUUCUUCAGAAGUUCUUCCAAUAUCGAACCUUCACGGAACAUAAGGGCACCCGUCGAAUAACCAGUUGGGGUCUUCCCAUUACCCGUGGGGCUGCUGCUGCCCUGAUGUUCACAUAUUCCACUCUGCUCGUUACGGUCUCUCGCAACACCAUCACCAAACUAAGAGAGACUUUUCUCGCCCACUACGUCCCCUUUGAUGCCUACCUCAGCUUCCACAAGCUUGUGGCCUACACGUCAUUAGGCUGGUCAGUCCUUCAUUCUGUGGGGCACGGCGUGAAUUUCUACCAUCUUUCGACCCAAGCUGCCGAGGAUAUGAAUUGUAUUCUUCCUGAUGUUUGGUUCAGAUCGCAUGUCUUCCCGAAGUUCCAUCAUUGGGUCGGUACAACAGUCACAGGUGUGACUGCUGUCUUACUGGUAAUGACAUGUACCGUCAUCUUCGUCUUCGCAACCCAGUACUCCAGACGUCGAGUAUUUCGUCUCUUCUGGAUGACCCAUCAGCUCUAUGUCUUAUACUUCAUCCUGAUGACCUUACAUGGCUCGGCUAGGCUCAUCCAACCGCUGUCCUUCUACUACUUCUGCCUUGGACCGGUCAUCUUGUUCACCCUCGAUAAGGUGGUCAGCAUCGGGCGAAGGAAGGUGGAGAUUCCAGUCCACAAGGCGGACAUCCUCCCAUCAGAUGUGACCAAUCUGGUGUUCAAGCGACCGGAUAGCUUUGACUACAAGUCUGGCCAGUGGGUCCGGAUCGCUUGCACGGCCCUAGGGGGUAAUGAAUACCACCCCUUCACCCUGACAUCAGCACCCCAUGAAGAGAACCUAUCCCUUCACAUCAGAGCCGUGGGACCUUGGACCAUGAAUCUCAGGUCUACUUAUGACAGCAAACAGGUUCUUGGUGAACCACUGCCAAAGAUCUAUCUGGAUGGCCCCUACGGCGAGGGGCACCAGGAUUGGUAUAAGUUCGAGGUAGCUAUCUUGGUUGGUGCAGGGAUAGGAGUCACACCAUUCGCCUCCAUUCUCAAAGAUAUCGUCAACAAGUCCACAAGCAACGCCAAGUUCCCGUGCAAGAAGGUGUAUUUUGUGUGGGUUACCCGGACUCAGAAACACUUUGAAUGGUUGACUGAUAUCAUCAAGGAUGUGGAGGAUCAUGACACCAAUGACAUGGUAUCAGUUCAUAUCUUCAUCACCCAGUUCUUCCAAGAGUUUGAUCUUCGUACCACAAUGCUGUACAUCUGUGAGCAAAACUUCUAUAAGGUGUCAAGUCGAUCGCUCUUUACUGGUCUCCGAUCGGUAACUCACUUUGGCAGGCCAGAGUUUUAUACCAUGCUUGAUUCAAUUCGCCAGAAUCACACCGACGUAAAGAAAUUCGGUAUUUUCAGCUGCGGGCCCCUUGGUAUCAACAAAGCCCUUGGUGUGUCCGUCGCCGAAAUCAGGAAAGAGAAUGCCGGCGUCAUCUUCGAGCUCCACAACGAGACAUUUUAAUGCGUCGUCGUCGAUGUUGGUCGUGGUCAUGAACGAACGUGUAUGAAGAUGUGGUUUUUGCAUGACGCCAGUUGCUUGAUGCUAUGCAGCGUUGAGACCUACCCACAAUCUUAAACAAGGAUGAUAGUUUGAAGAGAGAUGGAAAAGGAAGAGGGAGAGAAAGACAGGGAUGUAUGAUAGGUUGGAAGGUAAUUGUGUUUUCACUUUGGGAAUGAUAAACUCUUGCUAUGGCGUUUGACGAUGAAUCUUAAACUAAUUCUUAAUGGCCAUCAUGCUAUAUUUAUUUGACUAAAAAUGUUCUUUUAAUGCUUUGUAUAUUUCUUUAUCUUGUUUAAAUUUUGGAAUAAUGAGGAAGAAUGAGGAAGUAUGUUUGAAUUUAUCCUUUUUUGUCGUAUGUUAAAACAUAUAAAACAUGAUUUCCCAUUCGAAAUAGAUUUUGGAUACUUUUGUCGGAUACCAGUAUAGGACGUUUUUCUUAAGCACAUGUAUAUCCAAUUAAACUUGGUGGCAAUUUUCAACAAAUGAAAUUUUUGUCUGAUUUUAUGAUUACAUUUGAUUACAAGAUUUUGUGUAACAGGAUCCUUCAAAACUAAUGCUAAAUGAAAUUAUGUAUCAAAACUAUGAUACACCACGAUGAGAUCUAUAUAGAGGAGGUGAAACCGGGGGCUGAUGAGGCUUCAGCUGCCCUCUCCACUCUUUUUCAGUAAACGUGUGCAUAAACAAAACAUACCACUUUAUUUUAUGUAUGGUCUGUCCCUCCUAAAAAAUAAAUUUAAAAAAAUAAAAACCUUUCGUCCAAGUCCCCCACUUUCAGACCCGUUCCGCGGCCUCGGAAUAUAUCGAAAUUCAACCAGGGCAUUAUGUCAAGAUGAGCGCAUUUCUAGAUCAGAAACACUGAUCUGUAUGUUAUCAGCUUAUGAGAUCAAGGAUCAGAUCGCAUAUUUUCUGUCUUUGCAAAAUAUAGUCUGACUUCUGGUAGAUGGCGCUAGUUGUGUUUCACUUCACCCGAUACUUUAUGAAGACGUGGCCGAAGUUGUACAGAAUUUAUGUGUAAUUUUGUAAAAUUAAUUAUAGUAAAAUAUGUAAUUGAGUAUAUAAAUAUAAUAACAGCCCAAUGAGGUACAGUGGCCGAGUGUUCUCAGUACUUCACUAGACACAUGAAAAAUUAGGGUUCCAUUCCCGUCCAUGGCUCGAUCCUCUGGCUGUAAGCAAGACACUUUUUAAUCAACAGUGCACUUUUAUCCUAUAUUCAGAUGAAUGGAAAUGCUUUACAUAUAUUUGUUGUGAACUUUUUUGAAGAUCAGCCCAAGUCCAUAUUUUGGUCAAACAGAGUAGUAAUGAAAUAAUAUUACUGAUACCGUACAUUGGCACAUCUUGCGUGUAACCUAUAUCCCGAAAUUCCAUCGAAGUUCCCAAAUUGAUGAAAAACUGACAAAAAUCCUCGUUGUACAAACAAAAUGAUUUUCUUUUUCUUGUUUACUCGAAAUGAAAUAUUGUGUAAUUGGAAUGUCCUGAAAUUCAUAUACUGAAUUAAGUAAUAACUAUUGUUUUAUAUAGUUUUGAUAAACAAGUAGGCCUAUAUACUGCAGUUUAAAAUGAUAUGAUUGAAUCUGCUUUGUUGUCUUAUCGAAUUAGUUCUUUGGAGGGAACCCGUAAAAUUAAUAUAAUCAAAAUAGAACUUUCUUGUCAAAAUGUGUGUAUGUCUUUUUUGACAGGAAACUGUUCAUCUCAAAGAUAUAUUAAGCAACCUGCGAUAUUAAAGGUAUCUAUCUGAAAUAAGUAUGGAUAGUAUACAAAUUGUGAAAUGGGUCAUACAUUUGAAUGUAAGUCUUGCAUGUGAAAAAUAUAUCAAUAUAUGUUUACUUUUAUAAAGCGAUAUAAAUUGGACUACUACAUAUACUGAAAUACUGACUAAAAAAAAUGGUUUCUUCUUUCAUAACGUCAUGUUAUGGGCAAAAUUAAGCUAUUUUAUUAGAUGGAUGGCGCAUAAUGAAUAAUGCGUGUAUUAUCAUGUGUCAUUGAAGUAAUAUGGUAUAAGUUAUAGGAUAAAGUUUGAUUAUAAAGUCACAACAGCUGAUAUAUACAUUCCCAACAGUACUUGUAUUUAUUUACACAUGUAUAUAUCAUUGUAAAAUGAUUAAUAAGUUAUUACAUGAAAUUUCAUUAGCAUGGUUAUGCAUUUAGCGUGGAACGAAAUGGAUAUAGCUUUUAAAUUAUGAUAUAAAUUAAUUACAAUAUACAGUCAAACCUUCAUUUUUUAAAUAAAAACAUUCAUGUAUCUGCCUUAAAAUUAUGUUCCAACGUGUUAGAGUACAUGUUAUGUAGAUUUACUUGUAUAGAUAGGCCUACACAUUUCUUUUGUUUUCAUAUGAACAGCUGCAAUAGGAUUUUGUAUAUGUAGACUGCUUUGUAUUUAAACUGCAGACCAGAUA